AUGUCCCCCAAACGAGAACCGAAGUCUAAUAAUCCGUAUUGUACAAAGUAUGAUGAUGAUGAAGCCGCAACGAUGAGGAUAGCAGCAACCGUAAACGGAAGUUGUCUUGCCACAACAGCGACCGACCAAACAAAACUCUUGACCUUGGAGGUAAGGAACCCAAAGUACAACCAAAUAGAGUUGGGUGUGGAGCGCUUUCGCGUUGCCGAAGUGUUCUUCCAGCCGUCGAUUGUGGGCGAUGGUGAAGCGGGCUUGACGGAAACGGUAUGUGUUCCGGUACAUAGCAGGCUGUGUGUUGAUAACAUUAGCGAUGGUGAAGAUGGCGGCGACAGAGAAAAUGGGAAGGAUAACAUUCCUGACGAUGACAAGCCCGACACGGAAAAUGUAAAGGAUAACAUACCUGACGCUGACGCUGACGAGCUCGAUCUACCAAGAUUGAUACCCAAUAAGGAUUCCUAG